GCAUCUGCUUGUUGUCAUCAUUCAGCGUCAGGCACUUGGUCAAUCCAAAUCCAACGAAUCUUUACUAAACUCAUCCACAACAAAUAUCAACAACAAUGAAAUUCUUCGUUUUGGCUGUUUGCGCAAUUGCCGCUGUUUCGGCUGAUGUCUCGCAUCUGAAUCUAGGCGGUGGCAACGGCUACAACUACGACAAGCCAACCCCAUCGUUCGACAUUGACAUUCGCUCAGCAGCUGGACCAUCCUACUCUGCCCCUGCUCCAGCUCCCGCUCCAAUCUAUUCGGCUCCCGCACCAGCUCCCAUCUACUCAGCACCUGCUCCUGCUCCUCAGCCCGAGUACCUUCCCCCUGUGCAGGACAUUCCCGCUCCAGCUCCAGUCUACUCUGCUCCAGCUCCAGCUCCAGUCUACUCUGCUCCUGCUCCCGCACCAGCUCCAGUCUACUCUGCUCCUGCUCCAGCUCCAGUUUACUCUGCUCCCGCUCCUGCUCCUGAGUACAGCGCACCUGCCCCAGCUCCCGAGUACCUGCCACCUGUGCAAGACAUCCCUGCUCCUGCACCAGCUCCAGUCUACUCUGCUCCAGCUCCAGCUCCAGUCUACUCUGCUCCUGCUCCAGCUCCAGUCUACUCUGCCCCUGCCCCCGCUCCAGUCUUCUCUGCCCCCGCUCCUGCUCCUGAGUACCUGCCUCCUGUGCAAGACAUCCCUGCUCCUGCUCCAGUCUACUCUGCCCCAGCUCCUGCUCCCGUCUACUCGGCUCCAGCUCCCGCACCCGCACCAGUCUACUCUGCUCCUGCUCCCGCACCAGCUCCAGUCUACUCUGCCCCUGCCCCCGCUCCAGUCUUCUCAGCUCCCGCUCCUGCUCCUGAGUACAGCGCACCUGCCCCAGCUCCAGAGUACCUGCCACCUGUGCAAGACAUCCCUGCUCCUGCACCAGCUCCAGUCUACUCUGCCCCAGCUCCCGCUCCCAUCUACUCAGCUCCAGCACCUGCACCAGCUGCUCCCAUCUUCUCGGCACCUUCCGGUCCCAGCUACUCUGCCCCAGCUGUUGAGUCCAGCGGAUACGAGUACAACGUGCCAGCCAAGCGUUUCCGUUUCUAAGUGGCCAUCACUCCAUCCACUCAUCGGGGACAACGCCGUUUGUUAAAUUAAUAAACGGCCUUUGUCCCUUUGUUGUUGAUUAUUUGUUGAUAUUAUGCAAAGUUUCUGUUGAGAUUUUUAGCUAAUAAAUUUAUAUAAAAAUAAAAAAAUUAAA